UUUUUUUUAACUAAAGAGAAAUAUUAAAAGCCAAAAAAAACCUACUUAAACUACAUUUGUAUUUGUUUUUGCUAAAAAUUUGAAGUAUUUGUGAAGAGCAAGUAAAAUAAGACAGCGAAAGAAAGUGAAAGAAACUGAAACUGCCUAAAUAGUUGAAAGACAUUUGUAAGACAGUGCACAGUAAAAAUAUUAAAAUAUUCGCUUGGAAAAAUUAUAAAUAAUAUUUAAUUAAGAACGCUUUGAAACCUAAAUUAUAUUUUUCUAUACAAACUUGACCAUAAGCCGUGAGCUACCUCAAUAGAACAGCAUAAAUUAAUUAUACAACAGAAAUCACUUUCAAAAUUACUAAAGACGUAUUUAUCACCAAAUAAAAAACUGAAACCAUAAAUUAUAUCAUCAACCGUGAAACGACAGUAUUAUUACUUUUACUACUAUUACCUUUUGUUCAACACUUCGAAAGCAAUAAAAUAAAAAAAAAAUAUUUCACUACCUAUACGAGUACAUAGCUGUGUAAAAAGAUUACCGUAAAAGUAUAAAACCUUGAGUUAAUGGAAUUUUCCACGUACAGAGUAGAACUAAAACUGUAACUUUGUUAAGUGAAUUAACAAAAACCAAAAAAAUAAGGGAGUGAAAAUACCAACGAAACCAAAACAAACUACAACACAACACAUAAAAUACAACCGAGAAAAUGUCUGCUUCCAAAGAGCAAAUAUUCGCCAGUCAGGAUAAAGACUUGGACAAGCCAAAAGGAUGUUUCUCAACGCGCUACUUUGUCACUUUCAUGCUCUUUCUGGGCAUGGCCAAUGCCUAUGUGAUGCGUACAAAUAUGUCUGUGGCCAUCGUGGCGAUGGUUAAUCACACAGCGAUCACCAGCGAUCAAGAAGAUGUUGUAGACGAUGAGUGUCCGAACCAAAAUUUGACAGUUGUGGAAAAUGGACAAGAUGGCGAUUUUGUAUGGAGUUCCAGUUUACAAGGUUAUAUUUUGUCAUCAUUCUUCUACGGUUAUGUGAUCACACAGAUUCCUUUCGGUAUUUUAGCGAAAAAAUAUGGCGCCCUGAACUUCCUCGGCUGGGGUAUGUUACUCAAUUCGGUAUUCGCCUUCCUCGUACCUGUAGCUGCUUACGAGGGUGGUGUCAUCGGUCUCUGCGCCGUACGUUUCAUACAAGGUUUGGGUGAAGGUCCAAUUGUACCCUGUACACAUGCGCUACUCGCCAAAUGGAUACCACCCAAUGAACGUUCGCGUAUGGGUGCCGCUGUUUAUGCGGGUGCACAAUUCGGCACGAUCAUCUCUAUGCCACUGUCGGGUCUGCUAGCCGAAUACGGUUUCGCUGGUGGUUGGCCAUCGAUUUUCUAUGUUUUCGGCGCUGUCGGUACCAUAUGGUCGAUCGCUUUCCUGUGGCUAGUCUACGAGGAUCCCUCAUCGCAUCCACGCAUCGAUGAACGUGAGAAGAAGUACAUCAACACGAGUCUCUGGGGUACGGGCGAUCAGAAGGUGCCCAACAUUCCGUUCAAGUCUAUACUCAAGUGUCUGCCAUUCUAUGCCAUUUUGCUUGCACACAUGGGUCACAACUAUGGCUAUGAGACGCUAAUGACAGAGUUGCCCACAUACAUGAAGCAGGUUUUGCGUUUCUCUCUGAAGGCGAACGGUUUGCUCUCCUCUCUACCCUAUUUGGCUAUGUGGCUGUUCUCGAUGUUCAUUUCGGUCAUUGCCGAUUGGAUGAUCUCGUCAAAUCGUUUCACACACACAUCGACGAGAAAACUUAUCAACAGUAUUGGUCAAUAUGGUCCUGGUCUGGCCCUUAUUGCCGCCUCCUACACAGGCUGUGAUCGUGCCCUAACACUUGCCAUACUCACUGUGGGUGUCGGUCUUAACGGUGGCAUCUACUCCGGCUUCAAAAUCAAUCAUUUGGAUCUGUCACCACGUUUUGCUGGUUUUCUCAUGGCCAUCACAAAUUGCUUGGCGAAUUUAGCUGGUCUGUUGGCGCCCAUCGCUGCUGGCAAUUUAAUCAAUAAUAAGCCUACCAUGGGUCAAUGGCAGAUUGUCUUCUUCAUUGCCGCCUUCGUUUACAUCUUCUGUGGUACAUUCUAUAACAUUUUCGGCUCCGGUGAACGUCAAUGGUGGGACAAUCCUGCCAACGAUGUGAAAGAAACAGCUGCUGUUCUACCAUCAGCAACAACAACAACAACAUUGUCGUCAACAAAUGGCGCAAAUCCACGUUUUCUAACUGGUCUGGAUAAUACUUUGAGCUUGGCGACGGGGAAUGUCAACGAGACGGGACAUUAAUAGCACAAGGGCAUGAAACGAGUGAACGAGAACGAGAGCGAGAACGAGUAGUAGAGAAAGAUGUUGUUACUCUUUCUAUGUAGAAUGUUAGACAGUUAGACUUUUAAGGAAAAAGUAAUAAUUUUUUUUUUAUUUCUAAAUUUAAUUAUUAAGUCUUAAUGAAUUUAAGUGCGCUAAAGCUGUGUUUAGUUGAUUUAAAGAAGAAAUAAAAUAAUAUAACGUAAAAAAUAAGUAGGCGUGGCCAGUCAAUCAAAGAAAAAAUAUAGAGGGCGCUGCUGUUAGCGUGAGAAACUCACUCAGCUGACAGAGUAUUAUGAGAGCCCAGAGCGCAUAAUUGUUGCUCUAAAGCCAUGAAACAUGGAAAAAUAUGCGCUGUGCGAAAAAAGACAGUUGCCGCUAAAAGUAUGCAACGCAUCAAACGUAUAUAAUACGCAAAGGGUGCCAAUUUAUUUACUGAUUUCCUCAUAUCUUUUUCGUUUUGUUUACCAGAAAUUGUUAAUUUAUUUAGUAGUAGAUUUAAUUAAAAGUAAUUAAUUUAUUGUAUCAUAAAUACAAUCAAGAGCGCACUGUUAGAGUGGUUUUUUGAAGUAAUUGUGCAUUAAUUUUGUAUGAAAAUAUUUUUUUUUCUUUUUUUUUUUUUGAGAGAGAGUUAAGUGCCUUUGAAUGCCUUCUGCAACAGGAAUUGUUAUUAAUUUUGCGCGUGGAAUUGUAAUGUUAGAGCAAAAGUUUAUUAACAUAUAUAUAUAUUUAUACUAUAAAUAUACUAAAAAUAAUUAUUUAUACAUUUAUAAUAAAUAAAUGAAUAAGUAAAAAAUACAGUCAGUCGAAAAAUAAGCGGACAAAAUGAAAGUGGUUUAGAGAAAGGAAAAAACAAAAAUAAAAGAAAAACCAAAAACAAUCAGUAUGAGUGACAGUCUAUUUUUUAAGACAAAGUGUUAACAAAAUUUCCAUUUAUUUGCUCUGAACAAAGAAAUUAUUACCACUCAAGACACAUUUUCCAAAUAAAAGAAUAUAAUACAUUAUUUUUGGA